AUGGCGCACCAGCCUACUGACGAAUUUCCUUACGGUGCCGAGGCGCUGACAAAGCUGCCCGACACGUCCUACAUUCGCCGCCUCGAGGUGGUCCACGUGCUCUUAGAGGCCAAUCCCCAGCUGCACGAGGCCAAAGCUCUCACUGAGCUCUUUGAGGUCGCAGAGGAGAUAAUCGCACGCAAGCUUGUGGCGAGGACUUCCGCUGCCGCUCGGGUCAAUGAGGACGCUUUCCAUCGCCUGGUGGACAUGUUGGUCUGGAAGCAGAACGCCCCCCUCACGAGACGAAGCCAUUUCCCGUACCCAAGUCCCCCGGGCCUUGCAGACAAGCCGUGGUCUGCAGAGUACGCACUGCUCUCCGAGAAGAUUCGAGCCGAGGCUCCGGCUCCGGCUCCGUCCCCGGCACCCGCGCAGCCUGGUGGCAAGAACUCCGUGUUCCCUGGCCCGUCGGCCAGGUCCAAGGGCUCCCCUGUGGCUGCCUCCGUCCUGACCUCAGCUCAGGACACCAAUACGGCAAGAAACUCGCCGCUUGCCGAGACUCCCGCCCCUCCCGCCCCCCCCGCUGCCGCCUCUCCCGCUGUCGCUUCUCGCCGACAGGAGCUGUGGGACGCCUACUGCAGGACGGCGCCUCAGUUGUCCAAGCAAGGGCCCUGGGUGAUCCCGUUUCACUGGGACGUAGCGAUGCACGCCACUGAGCGCGCCGUGGCUGACAGCUGCGAGUUCAUCCACGACAACAUUGUCUUGCAGCGAUGCCCGAUGGCCGACCCCGAAGACGGCGUGACUGUCAUCGUCUGGUUCCGAGACAGCGGCGUUGACACGGGCAAUCCCAGAAACGUCGCCGACCUGGUGGAGACGUAUGACUCCCUGCUGGACUUUCGCGUGCGCGCUGAGUUGGGCGAGGCCAGCCUGGGCUCCAUGGCCGAGCACUUCCGCCAGGAGUGCGUCCAGUCCGCCAACAGGGCGCUCCAUAGAAUCGUCGAGAACUCGGAACUCUAUGGCAUCAGACGUGAGACCGAGGAUUAA